AAGGGUUUGCUUGAUUGGCUUUCCAAGAAGCCUACUGUAUACCUGGAGGAGCUGUGCGAGUUCUUGUAUGAUGAAUAUAAUGCCAUCUGCACUGAAAGGGCCAUGUAUGCCACCUUGGAGAGGCCCGGGUGGUCCAGAAAAGUGGCUUCUAAGCAUGCCAAAGCUCGUAGUGAAGCACUC